ACUACGCAUGCGCAAGGACUGAACACCCACACCCACACACCCUCACAGAGCUCACAGGGAGUGCUGGUUGUGAGGGAGGGUGCUCUCAGAGCAGUGUAAGGUAGUGCCUGGUAGUGUGUGCACUGAACUCUGACUGAGGAGGUGGAGCCUCUGAUCUGGCCAGAGUAUGAGAUGGGUCACAGGUGGUGGACCUCGAGAUAGCCACCAUAGAGAAACAACAACACACAAGAGAGAGUGACCAUCAUCACCAGAGUGCUGCAGUACUCAAGGUUACCAGUCUUGUACUGUUAGUUCCUAUAGAGAUCUGUUGUUGCUAGGCAACCAUAUCUAAUUCUAAUCGCACUAGUCCAGAGGAACGAGAACGAAUCGUUGCGAAGCACGAUAUGGGUCAGGAGGAGGGUGCUGUGAUAGAGGACUGGGAGGACCCUGACCUCUCACUCUACACCACCACUGACAGAUAUGGCUUCAUGCAGCUGAGUGGACUGAUGAUGUGGCCCAGUUCAGAGGACCCAAGAAGCCUGUCACUAAAGAGUGUGUGCUCAUCAUAGACACUGUGUCUGGGGAGGCAGUACUGGAGAGGAUCAGUAACAACAUCCAACUCAAGGCCAUCAGAUAGGAGAUGAUGUUGCCGGGUAUGUGAGGACAGUGAAAUUGGUUCAGUUAGAGAGAGAGAGCAAUCAAGUGGGCCACCAUGGUCAGUCAGUGGGACCAUAGAUAAUAGAGACAGGGAUUGGAAACGUUCACGUGACCCAGUAUACAACCCAUGUAGUGACAUCUUGCAGCUGUGUCAUAUGCGUGUCUCGCGGUUACAAGUGUUAAUUGUUUGUUUACUAUUCUACUCUUUUGACAAUUGGAUGGCUAUGAAUCUGCUUUAGACCACAAAACUGUGUAGCCACCCCCGCAAUCAUCUUAUGUGUGCUAUACCAGUGUUAAAUCUCUGUUUUCUGCAGGAAAACCUCUAUGAAGAAAGGUUAGUAGAGAGUCAAAGUGUUACAAUAUACUUGUGGAGUUUUUAGAACUUUAUUAAAGUUUUCUGUACAUUUUUAGAAACAAGAGUAGAUUCAUUUGACAGCACUGUGUUGCACUGUCCUGUUGAUUAGUCCAAAUACAUGUUUAAGGACCAGUUGUAACAGUAAAUCAGUGCAGAAUCAUUGGUUGCUGUGUGGAGUUUUCCUGACCUUGCAAAUGAUUAAGAACAAGUGUUAAGGAGUCUCAUUUGCUAAGAAGUGGUUGUAGAAAUGCAUGGUUAAUAAAGAUUAACAUAUAAAUAUUCUGAGAGAUCACAACAUUAAAAUGUCCUGCAUGUACAUGUACGUAUGUAUGUGUAGGUAAUACUGAUGCGAUGGAACAUAGACAGUUUACGUUUGGUAAAUUAAAUGUAAUAAUGCUGAAAGGCACCGACUAGGGUCUUGAAGGCUCAAAACCAGCCCAACAGUGCACACAUACACAAUGAUCACAAUGAUUCCGUAUCAGAAAAGGUAAACUUAAUGGUAACAAUUUUGUUAUUGCUAUUGUUCACAGGUUCCAUCUCUUGCUGACAUCCAGUCUAGAUAUUUAUUAGUGCCGUCAUACAUCGAACAAAGUAGUAAUGGUGUUCUUCUCAUUUAUUUCAAUCUUGGCCAACUCCUGAGCUGCACCUUGAAACAUCGAUCACAGUUUGAGAUUUAAGUCUCCCUGGCCCUGAGCAAGCACUGCCACAAUUUUUUUCCACAGAUAUUGGUAAUCAAGCUCACUUGCUGCAGUACUACCAGUGACUGUUUCUGCCUAGCCUGCGCCUGGAGACUAGCUUGCUGCUUGCCGUAGGAAUAUUAAACCAUUGCCACCUGUCAUGUAACUCUAUUAAAUCCCCACCAUUAAUUGGUCACGUGAUGGAGACACGCAUCUGAACCAAGAAUGCUAUGAAUAUCAUUACGUUUCCAAUCCCUUUCUGUGCUCUAUUAUCUAUGGUGGGACAGAUACAACCACUCAUCAACACUGCACAGAAGGGUCAACAAAGGGAUCCCUAACCCAGUGCGUGGGUCAGUGUGGAGACAUGUGCUCGAUAUUGAGAACCUACGACAAGACGGUAUCUAUGAGGCUAUGAAGGAGUUGGGCAGACGCACAUCACCUGACGUACGACAGAUUGAUCUGGACGUGUUGAGGACGUUCAGGAACCACAUUAUGUACAGGGAACGGUAUGGGAUCAAGCAGCAGGCCUUGUUCCAUGUGCUGGUGGGCUACUUCAUGUACAAUCCUAGCCUGGGCUAUUGUCAGGGAUGAGCAGUAUUGCAGCCGUGCUACUCAUGUAUCUCAAUGAGGAGGAUGCAUUCUGGGCUCUCGUGGCUUUAAUAGGGAACAAGAAGUACACUGUGCAUGGUCUACUGAUACCAGGGCUGCCCAAACUGUUGGCCUAUUGUGACUAUCAUGCUGACAUGAGGAAGAGGCUGUUGCCCAAACUAGACAGGCAUCUGAACAAGUAUCAUGUGAAUGCCUCAGAGUACAGUGCUGCUUGGUUUGUGAAGCUUUAUCUAGACGCUCUUCCGUUCCAGUUGGUCCUGCGUAUAUGGGAUGCCUUAUUCUUCCAGGGAGAGAGUGUCCUUGCUGCCAUGUCCCUAGUGGUGCUCAAGAUGAACACUAGGCAGUUUCUUCGCGAGCGAGAGGAUGGUAUUCGUAUCUCUCUCCAGGAGCUAUCUCGUCAGUCCUUCAACGAAGAUGAGGUUAUCGCUGAGCUACAGAGUGUGACUGCCGACCUCAGCAAGUCUCGACAAGCCAUCCCACAAGUGGUGGAGCUGGUGAAACUGUCAGAGCUCAACAGACAAGCGUUGGAGAGAGCUGCUUUGAACUCUGCCUCUAGUGGAAACUCAUGAUAGCUUAGUGGUGACUGGAGCUAGUCCUGAUUCUAGUGCAGAGUCGUGGGUGUGAGCCCACCCCCUCAAUCUUGUCUGUUUCUAUGGUUACACUGAUUGUUUGUAUGUCACCACACCAACUGUAUACAAGUGUGCUUCACUGUUACUGUAUGUUGUCUUGUGUAUAUAAUGUAUAUCGGAAACAAUAUUCAAUCAACUGACACAUAAUUGUACGAUAAUGAUGCUUAUAAUUAUAUAAUAAACAUGGAA